UGAAUGUCGUCAUUCCGGUCUUCUUCCUCAGCACAUCACAACAAUGGCGUCCUGUAGCGAGGAGUCUGUCACAGCCACUGAAGAGGAACCGACCGAAUCUCUCGCGUCACAGAAGAGAGAAGCGAGACUUCGAAAAUUUCGAGAGUUACAUUUCAAACGGAAUGAAGCACGGAAGCUUAAUCAUCAGGAGGUUGUGGAGGAGGACAAGAGGCUGAAACUGCCCGCUAACUGGGAGGCUAAGAAAGCCCGACUGGAGUGGGAGCUUGCUGUAGAUCAAAAGAAAAAGGACUGUGCUGCUCGAGGGGAGGACUAUGACAGAGUGAAACUGCUGGAAAUCACUGCUGAUGAUGCAGAGCGAUGGGAGAGGAAGAAAAAGAAGAAGAAUCCAGACACAGGAUUUGCAGGUUAUGCUGAGGCCCAACUCCGUCAGUACCAGAGGCUCACCAAGCAGAUCAAACCAGACAUGGAAAGUUACGAGAGGCAAAGGGAGGAAAGUGGUGAGGACUUCUACCCCACAUCCAAUAGCCUCAUCCAUGGCACCCAUGUUCCUACAAAGGAGGGCAUUGACCGCAUGGUGGAGGAUGUUGAGAAGCAGAUCGAGAAGCGGGCCAAGUACAGCCGACGCAGGGCCUACAACGACGACGCCGACAUUGACUACAUUAACGAGAGGAAUGCCAAGUUCAACAAGAAGGCGGAGCGUUUCUACGGUAAAUACACAGCAGAGAUCAAACAAAACUUGGAGAGAGGAACAGCUGUCUAGUGGGUCCAGUCAACUCAGUGCUUCACUGCCUCAGCUUCGUCUUCAUUUCGGGGUCUUGGAUGCAUCUUUUUUUCUUCUUGCUGCAAACCAAGACUACAUGUGUUUACGAGCUAAAACGGAGUGUAUUUUCUAAGGCAGUGGUCUGUAACAUUUUGAUAUCAUGCUGAUGUUAUCUUGAGCUGAAAGAUAAUGUAAAUUUCUUUAGGCGAUGUAAUGUUUAGUGUUGCUUUGUACAGUAUUAGAAGCUUAAACAACUCUGUUAUUAUCCUUAUUUUGAAAUAAACCACUUCAAAUUAUGCCGUUAUAUUGCACACUUGUUAGUUUUACUGUGGGUUUACUGCGUGUGGUCUCAUGACGGAGACAUAUUGAGCGUGAGAAUGAACUACCACUAACUGCUGUCACACCUCGGGGCAUGUUUAGCAGAAGAUGUCAGCCAAAAGAAUGCUGGAGUGGAAGUGCACAGAGAUAAGGGGAAACAACUGAGUAAUUCAAUGUAUUCAUUUAUCUGCAUCUCAGUACUAAAUUGCCCAAAGCUGGGACAUAACCAGGAAAGCCUUGUGACUGGAGAGGAGACAUGCAAACAGGUUCCCAUGCUAGUCUCCCAUUAGGAUAUGGUGGUGUUGCGCCCUCUACAGGACAGACAGCUGUUGUGUUGCGUGGGGAGAGGUAUACCAAUAUUGGAUGAGACUAACCUCAGUCUUUAUUUGAAUUACAUUGCAUCUGGAUGAGUCAAUCCUCUUUGUGAAGCUCAAAGAAUGUAUUUAUGGGAUGUUCUCAAAAGACACUGUUCAAAGACGCCAUGACGCAUGUUUAUGCUCUGCAGAUGAAGGGCUGGGCAGGUUUUCAGAUGCCUUUGAUAUCCGACUCUGUUGUAGAGCUGUUAGGGGGUGGAGUGGAUUAAACCUUCAGGUUUAUGGUUGUGAUAUUUUUGUAGUCUUAUCUGAUUAGCCUGAGGAUAUUGGCUGGGAAUUGUAUAAUGAACGACACAUAAAUUCACUGUUGUGUCUCACAGGUAGUCUGACACCUUUUUCACAGCCAGGUUGAUCUUGUAAAGUGAAAUGGGUUUAAUUUAAGCCAUAUAAACAUGAAACAUUUUGAUAUUAGCUUGCAUGUGAUUAUGUGGCACUACAAAAACAACACAUUGCAUAUUCAUAUGAAAUCAGCGGGUCAGGCAAGAGUGACCAGAUAGACCCUUCUGUGAAAGCUUGCUAUGUGUGAAUAUCAGUGCAGCUGAUUUGGAUCAAGUAAACAACACUUACAAUCUUCUGCUAGUAUUACUUUUGCUCCAAGACCUUCUUUGGUUAGUAUCUGCAUGUGCUAUCAAAGUAAUAAAUUAGAAAUACAGGUCAGUUUACAGCAGGAUACACAGAGUCUGGCAGGAAGACGUGUUCAAAACUGUGAUUUUACCUUUUUAUUACAACACACUGUGGCAUGUAUCUCAAUAUCAGUCUGAUUUAAAUUUAUUACUACCCAGUGGAUACGUUAGCUUCUAGCAGUAAUUCACUAGUAUUUUUUACCAUGUGCCAAGAAGCUGUCGCACUUAAUAGACACAAGCUUUAGGAUAAGUAGAACAACAGCAGGAUGUUUAUCAGGUUGCUCAAGAAGGAACAUGCUCAGGCUCUGUGUCAGCUGAUAGUUGUAGGAACAGGUGAUGCGUGAUCACCUGAGGUCCAACUGGCAAAAGUUGUGUGUGAUUUCCAGAUUGUAAAUGAUAUUUUUAAUGGAUGUUUCUUCAAGCCGACAUUUUGGUGGUCAUAACAGGAAAUGCACAGGUGGUAAUAGUUUUAUAAAUGAUCGCUCUGUUCUAUUCAAAUAUCCCAGAGCAAUGUUCUUUCCAUCAUACAUCACUAGAACAAAACAAAUGUGAACAGAAACCAUCCCUGAGCUUUUAUUAAGUUAUGCACAAACUAUGUAAUAUACUGCCACCAUGUGGUCAUCACAGAGUACAACUGACUGUACCCAAAACCCCGUAACCCAUGAAUAGCGUAUAAAAAAAAGGUAUCCUCAACAAUACUUUUACUGUAAACUGCACGAGUCAUGAAGUAAAUCCUGCACUGAUUAGCCUUGACAUCAAUGUGCUACCUUUAUGUCCUCCCUAAACACCAAGUCUAUAUACCUGUGCUCACUGUUAUGGAUACUUAUUCAUUUUCAAUUGAUGAAAAUGUUUUUCCUUUGAGAGACACUGCAUCACAAAGUGUGUCAACUGUGUAUUUACACCGUGUGUCCCAGUGCUGAAUAUACUCCGAACUUCUGAAACUGCUUUCCCCAAACUGAAUGCAAUCUGUGACUUAUGUGAUGACUCACAAAAUAACCGACAGAAACAAUCAGGAUUUUUUAAUGGAAUAUCUUUAUUGAACUUAUAAACACCACAAAGGGAAAGAAAUAAUCCCACCUGAACGAAUUCUUCACUUCUUCCCACUUAUACCUUUAACAUCUGAAAGAAAAUGUCGACCGUGAAAGGACAAAUCAGGAUUUGUACAAAAUAUUUACAGUAUUUACAUUGUCCAUGUAUUCUGCCACACUAAUGUGACUUGGUCAGAGUGUGUUUGCGUGUAUUGGAGGUUCUGCCUGAUCUGACUGGAACCCAGUGGCCGUAGGGCUUCCUGCUUUCAUAGCUGUCCACUCUGGGAGUUACCUUAGCACAAGAUGGAGCUACCACAGUUGGUUUAGCCACAGAAUUCUGGAACGACAAAUAAAUUCAAAUGUUAGAAGACAUUCAGGAUAAUGUUCAGCUUUGUUAGGUUGUAAAAAUUAACUGUAAUUAAAGUGACUUACAUUAAUGCUGAAAGAGAUGAUCUUUCUUUUUGGGGAUGUGUUUGGGCUGGACAUGUCAUCAGACUCCACGUCGCUGCUCUGUUCCAAAAACAAGAAAAAUGUGCAUAGUUAAUCAUGAGCAUGAAACUAGGGCUUGAGUGAGCUUUGACUGUUUGUGAAGUUCAUAAGUAUGGAUUACAAGUUCUUCUACCAAUACUGUUAAGCAUUUCUAUUGUACAAAUAAACAGUAUUUUAAGCAUUAUCUUCAACAAACUGCAGCACUCAUGCAGCCCCUCCCAACCACUUAAUGAAUGCUUCAAGGACUGGCCUUGAAACAGGAUAAAACAAAAAAUGUAAACAAAAGAUCAACUGUAAAAAGGUUGGCUUCUCUGUCUACAGUGGCAUAAUGAUGGUGACGCAGGUUUCCCAGCAAAUUAGCACACGUCUUGUGUACCAACUUAUCUUUGGCAUACGGAGAGGAGUUCUUCAUCUGUUUUUAGUUCUCUUGACAGGAAUAGUCACUAUAACCCAGUCCACACGCCUGCGCUCCAUCAGCAAGUGGUGGAUUCUGCUAAAUAACGACCCAUUUCAACUGCAAGGAUAAAUACAUUUGGAAUGUCAAAAUUCUACGUUGUAUCUAUAUAAAGCUGAGAUAAUAUCUGAAUUGCUUGUGUAUCAUCAUCAAGAGUGCAUCUAUGUGUGUAAUUAGCAGUUGUAUGGAAUGUUUGCAUAACGUGGCAAUCUACAUCUGUGUUAGUGUAACCUCUAGUUGAUAAUGACACAUUGUGAACAUUUCAAGAGUUAUCAGUUAACCUUUCACGCAAACAAAUAUGUCGUCACCCAAGUCACAUGACAGCCCUUUAAUCCCAGGUGCCGAUGAGUGAAGGAGACCACUGUCAUGUUAUCUAUGAAGACAGGAAUAAAUACAGAGAGUAUGUGUGUUCCCUCAUGGGUCCAAAGGUUAACACAAGACAGGAAAUGCAACACAACACAGGCCUCAAGCAAAUCAGAAGACAACUGUAGAGUUUGCUGAAAUGUAAAAUGGUCAGACUACUAGGAGAAAUGUCAUUCUUUAAAAAAAUAAAGUUUUGGUAAAAAAAAAUAA